AUGUUAUGUACCUUUAAUCCUAGCUACUCAGGAAGCCUGAGGCAAAAGGAUCAUGAAAUCAAGGCUAGUUUUGGCACCAUAGCAAGACCCUGUCUGGAUUACAGAGUGAAUAUCUUUCUUCGUCAGAAAUGGAACGAUCCUCGCCUUGCAUACAGUGAAUAUCCUGAUGACUCAUUAGAUCUUGACCCUUCCAUGUUGGACUCCAUUUGGAAACCUGAUUUGUUCUUUGCCAAUGAAAAGGGUGCAAACUUCCAUGAAGUCACCACAGACAACAAAUUGUUAAGAAUUUUCAAAAAUGGGAAUGUCCUUUAUUCAAUAAGAUUGACAUUAACACUUUCCUGUCCAAUGGAUCUCAAGAAUUUUCCAAUGGAUGUUCAAACUUGUAUAAUGCAACUGGAAAGCUUUGGGUACACAAUGAACGAUCUCAUUUUUGAAUGGCAAGAUGAAGCACCUGUACAAGUGGCGGAAGGACUCACUUUGCCGCAGUUUCUGUUGAAAGAAGAAAAAGAUUUACGAUACUGUACCAAACAUUACAAUACAGGAAAGUUUACAUGCAUAGAAGUACGAUUCCAUCUUGAGCGGCAAAUGGGAUACUAUCUGAUCCAGAUGUACAUUCCCAGCCUCCUGAUCGUUAUUCUCUCCUGGGUUUCAUUCUGGAUCAAUAUGGAUGCAGCUCCGGCCAGGGUAGCUUUGGGAAUAACCACUGUGCUGACGAUGACGACGCAGAGUUCGGGAUCACGGGCUUCUUUACCAAAGGUGUCGUACGUCAAAGCUAUUGACAUUUGGAUGGCAGUAUGCCUCCUUUUUGUGUUUUCAGCACUUCUGGAGUAUGCAGCCGUAAAUUUCGUAUCAAGGCAACACAAAGAACUUUUGCGAUUUCGUCGAAAGAGGAAAAAUAAGACAGAAGCUUUUGCAUUGGAGAAGUUUUACCGUUUCUCAGACACGGAUGAUGAAGUGAGAGAGAAUCGAUUCAGCUUCACGGCCUAUGGAAUGGGACCUUGUCUGCAAGCAAAAGAUGGUGUGACCCCCAAGGGCCCGAACCAUCCUGUCCAGGUAAUGCCGAAAAAUCCUGAUGAAAUGAGGAAAGUCUUUAUCGACCGAGCCAAGAAGAUUGACACCAUCUCCAGAGCCUGCUUCCCCUUAGCCUUUUUGAUUUUUAACAUUUUCUACUGGGUUAUCUAUAAAAUUCUUAGGCAUGAGGAUAUUCAUCAGCAACAAGAUUAAGUCUCUGAGGGCAUGCAAGUACAGUCGAUUUAGAAGAAAGCUUCUUUGCCAUAGAUAUGUGUGUGUGUGUGUGUGUGUGUGUGUGUGGUCUACAGAGGAUGACCACUGUAUUAAAAUGGCACAUGAGAAGAAAAGAAUUGUAUUUGAUUUGCUAUGCAAAGUUAUGAGGCAGAUUAAGAUUCUUUUAAGGGAUAUAAAAGAUAUGUUAUGAAGAUUCUAUUUCAUGUUAAUUCAAGAUAAUCUGUUUUUAGUUGUUUUUGGUUUUGCACAGUAAAACAUGUAAGUGGAAGCUUUACUGUCAACUGUUGGUAUGUUAAAUAAUAUCACAUAGCUGUAGACAAGAAAGCUACUUUGGAAUUUCUUGAUUUUUAAUUCAUUGAUACAGAUUUUAAUGAAAGCAAAAUUUGCACAGUAGACUUUAUGAAUGGAAAAAAAAGAUAAUGAAUGAAAAAAAAUACCUUGAGAUUUAAAACUAUUUUCUUAUACUGUAGUUAGAAGAUAGGAAUAUAUUAGUUAACUCAGUGGAAAAUGUGCUCACAAUAGUAGAAGAUAGUAUGUACAAAGACUACAAAAGAAACAUGUUAGAACAAAUUAGCAGAAUAAAAUCAAAGACUUUAUUGUUGAGAAUAUUAAAUGUAUUUGUUUAGAACACUGUAUUUCCCUCUAUGGGAACUUAAAACACUUAAGAGAUCAUGUUACAUACUAAAUCCUCUUUUCUUAAACUUUAUAUCUCUAGAA